AUGGACGAAUCUGCUUUGUCACGUAUCGAGCAGCAAAGGACGGAACUUGAGGCCAACAUUGCUAAACUCCGGACAUCGCUUCGACACUGGCAAACCCUGGAAAUAGAUUACGAGAGUCUGAAGGAGGAAUUUUUCGGCUUGUCAGAGGAUUCUACGGUCGAAAAGUGUUUAGAAGCCGCUCGAGAUGCGAAGCUGGAAUUGAUCGACGAGAACGAGAUUCACACGCUUCUCAAAGAUAAUCACGGCAAUCCUCGCCAGCCUUCUCAGCUAGUGGGCCUCCUAUCAAAGCGCAUUGAAUAUGUCGAUCGAAAUGUUCAAACGGUUCGAAAACAGCUGUCCGACGCUGAAAAGCGAAGAAACGCCCUGUUACUUGCGGAGGAACCUGAUCACCGAGAUGAUGCCGGACUGCCGUUGGCCGAGAUCACUGAAGAAUUAGAUGAAUCAGGACAGGUAGUGUCAGGAAAGGUCGAUAUGCCUGGGUCAAGCGCACCACAAUUGCUGGACGUAUUGAAGAAAGCAGGCGUAACAGAAUUGAAGGAAACAGACGGCACUAUUACUCAUGCCGAGGCGACGGGCCCUUCUCAAGCUGACCGUGUGGGUGCUGAGGAAGGUGAACAAAACGAAUCUGCGGUUGUCGCACCGGCUGCCGAUACGUCGCAGACAGUCAACGUGCCUAUUAACACCGACGAUACCGAAGAAGAAGCUCAACUGCGUAGGGAAAUGUUGGAGUAUUCUCGAGGGAUGGAUGAAGUUGGCGCCAUCGUGGCUGAACUCGAUCUCGAAGAUGAUGGCUCAGACAUCUCCUACGAUGAUCAAGAUGACACGUUCGAGCUCGACUCUGAUAUGGAGUAUGACGACGAUGACUUCGAAGACAAUGAGUCCGAAGACGACAAUGGGAAGAGCAGGAAUCGUUUGACCGUACCGAGGGCCUAUCGGAAAAAGAUGGAGGAGCUACAGGAAAAGCUUGGCUUGAAGAACGUAGGACCAGGCUCUGAAAUUCCCGGUCUCGAUGAACAAUCACGGCCAUCCGCCGCUGAAGCUGCAAGGAAAGCAGCCCUUGCACGGCAUGACCAGUCAACGAAGAGCAACCUAAAGUCCAGUGUGAAGCAGGACGACACAUUAGCAAAACCCAAAGUAAGCAAGAAGAAGGUCGCAUUCUCAUCCGAGUUAGAUAUAGCACCUUCUGAGCCCUCAAUCUCGACACGCUCGAACCCUGAAACGUCGCGGCAAGAAUCAACGAGCACUUCUGCUGGAAGACCAAUUACUGAUUCUGUGGUUGAGAGACAACCACAGGCCGAAGACGCAACUGGCCCCGAUAGUGCACCAAUCCCCCCCAGAAAACAAUCACGUUUCAAGAGUGCACGACAGGCGCAGCCUCCAGCACCCUUACCUGCGGCCCCCAGGGCAGCGCUUUCGGAAAAUGCUGAAGCUCAAAGCAACAAAUCAGAUCAUCACCCUCCUCCGUCUGUGAUCAUAUCGAGGGACCUUGUUGAACGACCGUCGCCCAAGACGACCCAUGCGCCUGACCCAAAUGAUUUCUCAGAAGAAAGCCACCGACGUGAGAUCGCGAUGGAGUAUCAAAAACAUCGCAUGAAGCGAAUACACGCCCAAGACCGAGCCUUCGUUGGAGAUGGCGAAGACGACAAUUACGGUGAAAUGAUCACUUCCGGUAAAGGCAGAGGGCAGGAAGGCGCCACUGGUGGAAGGGUUAGUCGAUUCAAGGCAGCGAGACUUAAUCGGUAG